AUGGAGACCUUCUUUAGGAGACACUUCCAGCGGAAGGCGGCUGGCCCUGCAGAGGGGCGGCGGCGGCCCAUCCGCGUGGGGCUGCCCACAAGCAAGGCCCAGCGCCGCUCACCUGUCGGCCAGGCCUCCUCCUUGCUGGCCCAGCGGCGUCGCUCCAGCGCACAGCUACAGGGCUGCCUCCUGAGCUGUGGGCUGGGGGCCCAGGGCUCCAGCCGCCGGCGCUCCAGCACUGCGCCCCCAGCCUGCAACCCCCGCUUCACCGUGGACAAGGUGCCCACCCCCCAGGCUGCGGCUGUUGGGGCCCUGCUGCUGGCCAGGCUUGUGGGCAUGAAGGAGGAGGAGGAGGGGUCCCAUCAGGAGGCCGUGGCAUCUGGGGCAUCGAACAAUACCCAGCCAGGCACCAAGACACCUGGGUCACCUCCUCACCUGGGCGCCCAUCCGGUGCUGCCCUUGCCCCGGUAUCUGCGCCGACAGCAAGCCUCACACCUGCUUCCAGCCGAUGUGGUCUAUGACCAUGCCUUCUGUGGCCUGCACGGCUACUAUCGGCGCCUCAGCCAACGUCGACCCUCAGGCCAGCACCCUGGUUCUGGGGGCCGAAGGGCCUCAGGCACCUCAGCCAACCCCACAUUACCCACCCGUGUUCGCCCUCUGUCCCGCAGGCGCCAAGUAGCCCUGCGGCGCAAGUCAGCUGGACCUCAGGCCUGGAGCGCCCUGCUUGCGAAAGCCAUCACCAAGUCGGGCCUCCCACACCUAGCACCCCCUCCACCCACACCCGGGGCCCUGAGCAGCGAGUCCGAGCGGCAGAUCCGGAACACUGUAGACUGGAGUGAAUCGGCAGCAUAUGGGGAGCACAUCUGGUUUGAAACCAAUGUGUCAGGGGACUUCUGCUAUGUUGGGGAGCAAUACUGUGUAGCUAAGAUGCUGAAGUCAGUGUCCAGGAGAAAGUGCGCAGCUUGCAAGAUCGUGGUACACACGCCAUGCAUUGAACAGCUGGAGAAGAUCAAUUUCCGCUGUAAGCCAUCCUUCCGGGAAUCGGGCUCCAGGAACGUCCGUGAGCCCACCUUUGUGCGUCAUCAUUGGGUACACCGGCGACGCCAGGAUGGCAAGUGUCGGCACUGCGGGAAGGGCUUCCAGCAGAAGUUCACCUUCCACAGCAAGGAGAUUGUGGCCAUCAGUUGUUCCUGGUGCAAGCAAGCAUAUCACAGCAAAGUGUCCUGCUUCAUGCUGCAGCAGAUAGAGGAACCCUGCUCUCUGGGCGUCCACGCAGCUGUGGUCAUCCCACCCACCUGGAUCCUCCGGGCCCGCAGGCCCCAAAACACCCUCAAGGCCAGCAAGAAGAAAAAGAGAGCCUCCUUCAAGAGGAAAUCGAGCAAGAAAGGGCCUGAGGAGGGCCGUUGGAGACCCUUCAUCAUCAGGCCCACCCCAUCCCCGCUCAUGAAGCCUCUGCUGGUGUUUGUGAACCCCAAGAGUGGAGGAAACCAGGGCGCGAAGAUCAUCCAGUCCUUCCUCUGGUACCUCAAUCCCCGGCAAGUCUUUGACCUCAGCCAGGGAGGGCCCAAAGAGGCGCUAGAGAUGUACCGGAAAGUGCAUAACCUUCGGAUCCUGGCCUGUGGGGGUGACGGCACGGUUGGCUGGAUUCUCUCCACCCUGGACCAGCUGCGCCUGAAACCGUCGCCCCCUGUGGCCAUCCUGCCUCUGGGGACUGGCAAUGACCUGGCCCGGACCCUCAACUGGGGUGGGGGCUAUACAGAUGAGCCUGUCUCUAAGAUCCUCUCCCACGUAGAAGAAGGAAACGUUGUACAGCUGGACCGCUGGGACCUCCAAGCCGAGCCCAACCCUGAGGCAGGGCCUGAGGAGCGUGAUGAGGGUGCCACCGACCGGCUGCCCCUUGAUGUCUUCAACAACUACUUCAGCCUGGGCUUCGAUGCCCACGUCACACUGGAGUUUCACGAAUCGAGAGAGGCCAACCCAGAGAAGUUCAACAGCCGCUUUCGGAACAAGAUGUUCUAUGCCGGGACAGCCUUCUCUGACUUCCUGAUGGGCAGUUCCAAGGACUUGGCCAAGCACAUCAGUGUGGUGUGUGAUGGAAUGGACCUGACCCCCAAGAUUCAGGACUUGAAACCCCAGUGCAUCGUGUUCCUGAACAUCCCCAGGUACUGUGCAGGCACCAUGCCAUGGGGCCACCCUGGGGAGCACCACGACUUUGAACCCCAGCGGCACGAUGAUGGCUACCUCGAGGUCAUUGGCUUCACCAUGACGUCCUUGGCAGCGCUGCAGGUGGGAGGACACGGCGAGCGGCUGACUCAGUGCCGUGAGGUGGUGCUCACCACGUUCAAGGCCAUCCCAGUGCAGGUAGAUGGCGAGCCCUGCAAGCUCACCGCCUCCCGCAUCCGCAUUGCCCUGCGCAACCAGGCCACCAUGGUGCAAAAGGCCAAGCGGCGGAGCACCGCCCCCUUGCACAGCGACCAGCAGCCUGUGCCCGAGCAACUUCGGAUCCAGGUGAGCAGAGUCAGUAUGCAUGACUACGAGGUCCUGCACUAUGAUAAGGAGCAGCUCAAGGAGGCCUCUGUGCCCCUGGGCACUGUGGUGGUCCCAGGAGACAGUGACCUGGAGCUCUGCCGUGCCCACAUCGAGAGACUCCAACAGGAGCCUGAUGGUGCUGGAGCCAAGUCCCUGACGUGCCAGAAACUGUCCCCCAAGUGGUGCUUCCUUGAUGCAACCACUGCCAGCCGUUUCUACAGGAUCGACCGGGCCCAGGAACACCUCAACUAUGUGACUGAGAUCGCCCAGGACGACAUUUAUAUCCUGGACCCUGAGCUGCUGGGGGCAUCAGCUCGGCCUGACCUCCCCACUCCCACCUCCCCUCUCCCCACCUCCCCCUGCUCACCCACGCCCCGGUCACUGCAAGGGGAUGCCGCACCCCCUAAAGGUGAAGAGCUGAUUGAGGCUGCCAAGAGGAACGACUUCUGUAAGCUCCAGGCGCUGCACCAAGCUGGAGGCGACCUCAUGCACCGGGAUGAGCGGAGCCGAACACUUUUGCACCACGCUGUCAGCACUGGCGGCAAGGAAGUGGUCCGCUACCUGCUGGACCAUGCCCCUGCAGAGCUGCUUGAUGCUGUGGAGGAAAACGGGGAGACCUGUCUACACCAGGCCGCAGCCCUGGGCCAGCGCACCAUCUGCCACUACAUCGUGGAAGCGGGGGCCUCGCUCAUGAAGACGGACCAGCAGGGUGACACCCCCCGGCAGCGAGCUGAGAAAGCUCAGGACACGGAGCUGGCCGCCUAUCUGGAGAACCGGCAGCACUACCAGAUGAUCCAGCGGGAGGACCAGGAGACAGCUGUGUAG